AUGUCCCUUUCGUUAUUACAACCUUCUUUUUUGAUGUCAAAGACCAGAAGCUACGCGCAAAUUCUCAUUGGAUCUCGGUUGUUCUUAACAGCGAUGGCUAUUCAUUUAAGUCUUCGGGUAGCACCACUAGAUCUUCAACAAGGUGGAAAUUCUCGUAUUCCAUAUGUACAUGUUCCUGCGGCUCGGAUGAGUAUUCUUCUUUAUAUCGCUACGGCUAUAAACACUUUCUUGUUCCUAUUAACAAAACAUCCCCUUUUUCUUCGCUCUUCCGGAACCGGUAUAGAAAUGGGUGCUUUUUUUACGUUGUUUACCUUAGUUACUGGGGGGUUUCGGGGAAGACCUAUGUGGGGCACCUUUUGGGUGUGGGACGCUCGUUUAACCUCUGUAUUCAUCUCGUUCCUUAUUUACCUGGGUGCAUUGUGUUUUCAAAAGCUUCCUGUCGAACCGGCUUCUAUUUCAAUCCGUGCUGGACCGAUGGAUAUACCAAUAAUCAAGUCUUCAGUCAACUGGUGGAAUACAUCGCACCAACCUGCGAGCAUUAGCCGAUCUGGUACAUCCAUACAUGUUCCUAUGCCCAUUCCGAUCUUGUCUAACUUUGCUAACUCCCCCUUCUCAACCCCUAUCUUGUUCGUUCUGGAAACACGUCUUCCUAUUCUAUCUUUUCCCGAAUCUUCUUUGACGGAAGAAAUAGAAGCUCGAGAAGGAAUACCAAAACCUAGUUCACUCGCUGAUUCUUUUUGCAUCUAUGGCUGA